GUACUGUCUCUUUAAAGGGCUGUCACUGCCCGCUCCUUGCUAGCCUCCCGCGGCUUGUUAUUUUCUGCAACAAGAUGGCUGUCGUUCCUGAGAGCAGAGUCCUCACUUUCAGCGUUUUUAAAUGGAGCUCUUACUCCUCUACAUAUUUACCUGAGAAUAUCUUGGUUGACAAACCUAAUGAUCAGUCUUCCAGAUGGUCUUCUGAGAGCAACUACCCUCCACAGUUUUUAAUCUUGAAAUUGGAAAGGCCGGCAGUUGUUCAGAGCAUCACCUUCGGGAAGUAUGAGAAGACGCACGUCUGCAACCUGAAGAAGUUUAAAGUGUUUGGUGGGAUGAGUGAAGAGAAUAUGACAGAGCUUUUGUCCAGUGGCCUUAAGAAUGACUACAAUAAGGAAACGUUCACCUUAAAGCACAAGAUUGAUGAGCAGAUGUUUCCCUGCAGAUUUGUCAAAAUAGUGCCUCUGAUGUCUUGGGGUCCUAGUUUUAAUUUCAGCAUCUGGUACAUUGAACUGCAUGGUAUUGAAGACCCUGACGUAGUGCAGCCCUGCCUUAACUGGUACAGCAAGUACAGAGAACAGGAAGCCAUCCGCCUUUGCCUCAAGCACUUCCGACAGCAUAACUACACAGAGGCCUUCGAGUCACUGCAGAAGAAGACUCGGAUAGCACUGGAGCACCCAAUGCUCACCCACCUGCACGACCGACUGGUGCUGCAAGGAGACUUUGAUGCCUGUGAAGAACUUAUAGACAAAGCUGUAAGAGAUGGUUUGUUUAACCAGUAUAUCAGCCAGCAGGAGUACAAGCCCAGGUGGAGUCAGAUCAUCCCAAAAUGCAACAAAGGUACAAGCGCCCAAGAAAUCAACCGAGACGACAUGAACAGUGAGAUCAUCUAUUCAAGUGAUGGUGACGACAACAGGCCAGGGAUGAGGGGAGGACAUCAAAUGGUCAUUGACGUCCAGACUGAGACUGUGUACCUGUUUGGGGGCUGGGACGGAACGCAGGACCUGGCUGACUUUUGGGCUUACAGCGUUCAGGAGAACCAGUGGGCUUGCAUCUCAAGAGACACUGAAAAAGAGAGUGGUCCAAGUGCUCGUUCGUGCCACAAGAUGUGUAUCGACUCUCAGCGGCGUCAGAUCUACACGCUGGGCCGAUACCUGGACUCCAGCGUCAGGAACAGCAAGUCUCUGAAGAGUGACUUCUACCGCUAUGACAUCGAUGCAAACACCUGGACGCUACUGAGCGAGGACACGUCAGCUGACGGGGGACCAAAGUUGGUGUUUGACCACCAGAUGUGCAUGGACUCGGAGAAGCACAUGAUCUACACGUUUGGUGGUCGCAUCCUGACGUGUAACGGCAGUGUGGAGGACAGUCGGACGUCAGAGCCGCAGUUCAGCGGCCUUUACGCCUACCACUGUCAGGCCGGAACGUGGAGCCUCUUGCGGGAAGACUCCUGUAACGCCGGGCCAGAAGACGUCCAGUCCCGCAUCGGACACUGCAUGCUCUUUCACACUAGAAAUCGUUACCUGUACGUGUUCGGAGGUCAGAGGUCAAAGACGUACCUUAAUGAUUUUUUCAGCUACGAUGUGGACGGUGACCAUGUAGAGAUCAUAUCUGAUGGCACCAAGAAAGACUCGGGCAUGGUGCCGAUGACGGGUUUUACCCAGAGAGCCACCAUCGACCCCGAGCUCAACGAGAUCCACGUCCUGUCGGGCCUCAGCAAGGACAAGGAGAAACGCGAAGAGAACGUCCGCAACUCCUUCUGGAUCUACGACAUCGCCCGAAACAACUGGUCAUGUGUGUAUAAGAACGAUCAGGCAGUGAAAGAAAACCCGAGCAAGGCUCUGCAGGAGGAGGAGCCGUGUCCACGCUUUGCACACCAGCUGGUGUAUGAUGAGAUGCACAAGGUGCAUUACUUGUUUGGUGGGAACCCUGGAAAGUCCUGUUCUCCCAAGAUGCGCCUGGAUGACUUCUGGUCCCUCAAACUGUGUCGGCCCUCCAAGGAGUACCUGCUCCGCCACUGCAGAUACCUCAUCAGGAAAUACAGGUUUGAGGAGAAAGCCCAAUCAGAGCCACUGAAUGCACUAAAGUACCUGCAGAAUGACCUGUCAUUGACGGUGGACCAUACAGACCCUGAUGAGACCAAAGAGUUCCAGCUUCUGCCCUCGGCUCUCUUCAAGUCCAGCUCUGACUUCAUCCCUCUGGGAUUCUCGGAUGUUGACCAGACGUACGCUCAGCGGACGCAGCUCUUCGACACACUCGUCAACUUUUUCCCGGACAGCAUGACUCCACCCAAGGGCAACCUGGUAGACCUCAUCACGCUCUAGCCCCCUGCCACUUCUGACACAUCACCCCCACCACUGUACUGAUGGAACACCUGCCCAUCCACACACCUGGUGGGAUGGAGGAGACAGAGACGGGUUAUUUUUCUAUUCCUGACGCCCGCCGGUGGGAUUACACUUUGUCUGGAACCUCCUGAUGUCACAGUCUGCGUUACCUGAUGGUGAGGGUCAUGAACACACAUUAAAACAACACUCUGGUAUUUGGAUACGAUAAGAGGUGUGUGUGUGUGUGUGUGUGUGUGUGUUUUUCCUUUUCCCAAGAUAUCCCUUUGGUUUUCUUGCUAAUGAAUAUUUUUUGGAGCAUGCAAAGCCCCUCUAAUCUCUGCCAAACAUCAUUUGUGUUUUUCAUCAUCACUUGAUUUCCCCCAGAAAAGACCAAAAUAGGGGAUUGACACGCAAUCUUUAUUAUCAGACAUUUUUUUUGUGCUUCGUGCCCACACUCAAACAGUCGGCCACAGGCGGAUGUCUGAUCAGGUUUAGUAUAAAUGCACUCAUUGUUAAUUUAUUUGAGAACAGGACAGUGUGACCAUGAUACCGAAAACCACUGUCCAAGCCUACGAGCUCUGUUCAUUUGGUAAAAAUAUUCAGCAUUUCUCCUGCAAAAUCUCAUGUGAACAUUCACUUUGAUGAUUUGGUUAGUUUCCAUUUAUGUAACACAUGCCCCUGCAUUUGAUAGUGAUGGCCAUACAAAGACAAAAAGAGUAAAUAAAUAAAUAAAUAAAAAUGUAAUAAUGCUAUGUGAAAAUUAGAGGAAUAAUUCUAUGAGAUAAAGUUUAAUAUAACAGAAUAUGCCUUUAUGUUGGUUUUGGUUGUUUUUCCUAUAAAACUGGCUGGUAAAUUUACCACAGGAGACACAAGAUGAAGGUUUGAGUUUCAUUUCUCUCAGUAAUUAAUGGUCUGUACCUUCAUUGUAAGUGGUGAAAUGCUGUACAGAAUAUGUAAAUAUACAAAUAGGACUUUUUUUUGGAUUGAACCGAUUUUGUGUUGGGUCGUGUUCUUCAUCAGGAAGUCAGGGUCCACAUGCAGUAACUUUUGGCUCUACAUUUAAUACUCAUUAUUACUUAUUGAGAAGAAUUGAAAGCAAUUGGUGUGUGAGUGAAGUGCUACCCGUAAUCCAGUUUGACAGUUAGAGUGGGGAAAAGGCGUUUUAGGUUUGUUUGUUUGUUAUAGUGUGGUGACACAGUGUCCUGUGAGGGUGAAGAAUUCGUGGGUGAAAUUUUCCUUUUUUUCCCUAAAAAUCCUAGACGUGCCCCUGAAUAUAUUUGAAUUAUACAACAGGGUUGAGAAGAACCGGCGUAGCCUCUGUUUUAUCCAUUACAGUCGUGUAGCGUCCACGUGUCAGGUAUUGUACCACUUAAUCCACAGCCUCUUGCCAAGAAAAUGUUUUAAAUCAUCAGGUCUACCAGACAUGAGGUGGUUUUAGCUGACACAUAACUGGCUGCCUGUUGUACAAAGAUUGUACAAAGAUAAAUGAAAAACACUGUUCAGAAAGUGACAGGGAGAGGAAGUUCAAAGUAUUACUUACUCACAAAGAGUGUGAAACUUAAUGGUUUGUAGUUCACCUGUGUGUGGUGAAUGAGGAGGGGACACCCGCCACAAAGGUUCCUACCAUUUGACAUUAUGUGGAAUGCACGUCCACUUCCUCCCACUGUGCAAAAGUGAAGGCAAAAUAUCGUGCACUGGUGACAUCGUUUGGAGCCAGUUUGUGUGCAGUAGUGAUUGGCCAGUGGAGCUACGUCAUCAAGUCAAGUCGGUAUCAAGUUUUUAUAGCAUUAAAUCAGUUAUCAGUAAAAUGAACUCUUAAAUGAACUAUGUAAAAUGACAGAAACCUUUGAGUUUUUAGUUUGGUCCAUGUCCCCUCUGCUAACAUGGAGGUGGAGGGGCUUAUGACUUGUUCUGGAGCCCGCCACCAAGAUGUUACGAUUAAGAUGUUUUAAGAUUUUAAGAUGCAAUUCACACUCAGCAUGCAAACCAUUGAUCACUUAUCACCUAUGCCUUCACACCAUUCAGCCAACCAGAGCCCCACUAGCUGCUAGCGCAGUGUCCAUGCUCAAUAAACACGUUUGCAUUUGUUUUUUCAUCCAAAACGUUUGCAGUCUGUGUUCAUGUAUUUGUUAAAACAGAAAAGCACAGGCAUUGUAUAGCUAAUAUGCACACUUUACAAUAUUUAUCACAGUUCAUAUGGUGAUUGCGAUACUGAACAAUAUUAGCGUACAUCACGGAUUUUCCUCGCAUUGCGCAGGCCUGUUGAAAAGUUUACCUCUGCUGUCACCAAAUCAUUUUCUGGCAUUUGUUCAUUGGUGCUUACUGGUCACACAGAGUCCCGCUUUGUCCGUUUUUUUUCUGUUUAAUGUCUUCCGUGACUCUCAGUCAGACGGAUAACGGAUUGUUUAGUCAGCUUUAAGCAACAAAUGAUUGUCUUUCCCAGUCGUACAUUUAAGACAAACUGUGAUACGUCAGAACACUGCACGACUUCACAUCUCUGGAACAUCUGCUCAGACUGUUGUGUGUAAUGUACAGGACCAGAACUGUUUAUAUCUAUGAGCUUGAAGAACAUGAUGACCUAACGGUGUCAAAGGGACAUUGUUUGGUCAGGCAGCAUUUGGGUUGGUGGUUUGUUCGUUGUGUAAAGUAAUGGCAAAUUUAAAAUAAAUCUUUCAUGUUUAGCUUUAUUUGUCAAAUCCGUAAUCAAUGUGAAAUUUAGUGUUUAUUGAGACUUUAAGAUCAGACAUGAACUACACUGAAAUUAUGAGCCCGUCAUUAGUGGCAUCUUAUAGACAGUGACUCUUUAAGAGGUCAUUUUGAAAUUAAAGGACCACACUGGAGGUUAAAGGCCAAAUCGUUACAGGUCGAGUGUGGUAAAGUUAAAGCAAGCCUCUGCCACAUAUUUUUCGGAGUGGAUCAUCCAUAAAUGCUUCUUCCAGUUUGACUCUGUCAUGAAUUGUCAUUACAUUGCAGUCACAGAGCCUAGAAAGCUGUUGAUCUUUCGAUUGAAAACCCAGAAUGUUCUUUAAUAACACCUGCUGCUGUUUUCAGAGUACUUCCAGAGUCCUCUAAAAAGGAAAAGUUUCAUCUGCUGCAAGAUUUUUAAACUGUCAUACACAUUUAUUUAGCCAGGUAGCCAGAAACAAUACAAGUAAAAUAUAAAAUAAUGCUUACUCUUGGGUAAAAAUACAUGAUACCAAUCAUAUUUUACAAAUAAAGCAAAGGACAUAGGUCGUUUCCAGCCAGAAUCUUUAUGCUAUGAUUAAGAAAUGCUUUCUCUACUUGGAAUUACUAUGAUCAUAACAAUAAGUUUGCAGCAGGUAUAUAAUUAAAGGGGAUUCUGUGUUUUUUUUUUUUUUUGUUUUUUUUUUAAAGAUCAAGAAUGAUUUAUUUUUUCAUAAAAUCAGAUGCUUAGAUCUGUGAUUCAAAUGUAACAAUGCUACAUGAAAGACACGCACUGGAGCACAAAGUAAAUCCCAGAAUGUGUAUGUUGAGUGGACUCAGUGAUGUCGGUUACACAGUAUUUACAGUGAAAUGCACUAACAUUAGCCACCAUUAGCUAGCAGUAAAUCCUUCAGUAUAAUAAGAAUGUGCUUGCGUACAGCUGUUAGCUUCAGUUUAUUUCAGUAUGGCUAAUGUAGGCUUCUAACUUAACAGACAGGCAGCCGAGGAGAGCAAUACCAGUCACGUAUUUACACUAAAAUAUGAAGCUAUCGCCAACAGCCAGUUAGCUUAGCCUAACCUCGAAACUGGAAACUGAGGGGAAAUGUAGAGCCUGGCUCUGUCCAAAGGUAGCCAAAUCUGCCUUGAACUCUUAAGCUCAUUAACAUGUAGGAGUCUCUGCUGGGAGCCUGACAACCUCUGGACUCUGUGUCUCUGUGCCUGGGAAGCACACAGCAUAAUCUGGUACAUAAAGUCCUGUAAAACCACUACUUGUCAUUUUUACACUGGUUUUGUACAGAUUAAACAGUGUUUAAACAUGUUAAUCAGUGAGCUUUAGAGGAGCUGUGUCGCCCCCUUUCCGACUGAACACCUGAUGGCGGUAGCUUUAUAAUGACCUACAGGCAUCAAAUCUGACUCCUGGAAAUUUGCUUUCCUGCCAACUGCUCCUUUGGGGAUAUUUGAUUGAUGGCAAUUAUGAUGAAAUUUUCUGAGCAAAAAAUGGUGGCGUGUCCCUUAAAACAGUCAGACGUGAGCUCCGACGAACCCUGUGUAAAUGAAAAUGUUGAUGCUUUACAUAAAAUGCAGUUAAUGUGUAUCUGGUUGAUUCAUCUAAGAGGCCACUCUUCCUUGUGCUUAUUUAAUCUAUAACAAGACAACUUUCCAUUCCACUGUGUUAUAAAAUGUUAAAUAUCCUCAGGAUGUUGUUUACUGUGACUGUGGGUGCUCUGCUACUGUACCUAUCUUCACUGUAAAUGAUCUCUCUGGUGUGUUUCCAUAAUCUGCUUGUGUCAGCAACACUGGAGAUGACAAGUCUGUAUAACUCGGUGUUCACAUUCGACUUAUGUCAGACGGUUUAACAUCAUCAUAGACGUGACCCCGCUGCCGAAACAGACAUUUCAUUCCCUGAAUUCAUCAGUUAAGGAAAUUAAAACUUCUUCCAUAGAGCUGAUGCUUGAUAAUAUUCAGAAUAUUUGUUCGCUUAGUGUUUUGUUGGAGAAGGAUGUCCCUGUGUAUCUGUUCGUAUAUGUUCUGUACUGAUACUCACUAAAUGGAAACAGAUCAGCGAUUUGUGACACCAGAGAAAAACAUUAAUGCAUCUAGCCUAGAAGAUAGUGCUAUGUGAGGAAUUAUUUAUGAAAUUUUUGACAACAUUUAUGGCUCGCCAUGCUUGCUGUAGCACUUUUUUUUGUGCCAGGAAAAAAAAAAAAACAGUUUUAAAAGGCUAACUGAAAGCACCUUUGUUUAAAAAAAAAAAAAAAAAAAAAGAAAAGAAAAGAAAGAUAAAACAAGACAAAAAUCACAAUGCCAAAUACUACUUUCCUUUUUGCUAUUUUAGGGUAAAUACCCUUUACACAACCAUAUUUGUUUGAUGGAAUGUUAUUUUUUCAUUUUCUUCUUUAUUUUUUUUUCUUUCCAUCUUGCCCUUCUCUCAACCCCUGGGUGGGACUUUAAAGGCUGGUACUCUCAGAUCAGUGAGCACUACUCUGUGGAUAAAGUGAAUGUGUAGAAAGCCUUGUUGUAAUGCAUUGUAUGUAAUGUAUAUAAUGAAUAAAGAUUGUAUUUUGUUCAGGUUUUCUUAA